AUGUCUUUUCUACGGAGAUUUACUGACGCCAUUACUUUGGAGGAAUCCGAUGGUAUGAAGAACAAAGAUUUGGUGCCAAUCCCUAUAGAUAGAAGAAAAUGGGGAUUUCCUGCCUACUUAUGGUAUUGGGGAAUUACGUCACUUUGUGCAGUUACUUGGUCCGCUGGUUCAUCUUUACUCUCUUUAGGCCUUAACGGAAACUACGCUAUGGGAAUAGUUGUGAUUGCAAAUGCAAUUAUCUCAAUAGCUGCUGCCUUGAACGGUUAUUACGCAUCCAGAUAUCAUAUUGGUUUCUCAGUGUACCAGCGAGUGAUAUUUGGAAUUCGUGGGUCCUGUAUUGGUGUGCUAAUAAGAGCUAUUCUCUCUGUGGUUUGGUUUGCUAGUCAAGCCUGGCUUGGGGGACUUUGCGUCAACGUUAUUUUGUCUUCGUGGAGCAAAUCAUAUCUAAAUUGGGAGAAUACUCUACCAGAAAGUGUUCCCAUGACUAGUCAGGAACUCUGUGGUUUUGUGAUAUAUCUUGUUUUGACCUUUCCAUUCCUCAUGGUGCCACCUCAGUAUCUUGAUUCACUUCUUGCUGUUGCAACAUUCAUGAUUUUUUUCAUGGGUAUUGGAAUAACUGCCUGGGCUGUUCAUUUCAAUGGAAACAAUUAUGGUAGCUUGAUGAAUGAAAAAAUGAGUUUAAGCAGCUCAGAUAUGGGAUGGGCUUGGAUGUACGGACUAUCGAGUUGGUAUUCAUCCUUGACUUCGGGAAUAGCCAAUCAAGGCGAUUACUCCAGGUACAAUAAGAGCACGAAGGGAUGCAUGUACGGUAUUGUUCUUGGAACAAAUCUCACAGGAUUUUUGGUGCCUUUAUUUGGAAUUUUAACAGCUAGUGCUUUGUACGAUAAAUAUGGAACCUAUUACUGGAUGCCAAAUGAUAUAUGCAUGAGAUGGUUGCAGGACAACUAUGACUCAAAAUCCAGAGCAGCUGCAUUUUUCUGUGGAUUGGCCCUUGUUGUUUCUCAGCAAGGAGUUAAUACUGUUGGAAACUGUAUCAGUGGAGCGAUGGACUUAGCUUCCUUAUGCCCAAGAUUCCUCAACAUUAGACGUGGAUCAGUGUUGGUCAUGUUACUCGCAUGGCCAACUCAACCCUGGCUUUUUUACAAUUCAGAUUCCGUCUUUUUGACAGUUAUAUCUUCAUUCUCCGUUUUUCUUACACCAUUAAUAGCAAUAUACAUCUGCGACUUUUAUGUGAUUCGCCGAUGCAAGCUUAAAAUCUCUCAUUGUUACAUUUCUUCUAAGGAAAGUAUCUACUGGUAUAACAACGGCAUAAAUUGGAGAAGCAUCAUAUCUUUUGCUGUGGGAGUUGCUCCCGGCCUACCUGGUUUGAUAAAUGCAGCAAAUCCCUCAAUUUCCAUCAGUUCAGGUGCACUACACUUCUUCCAAGGUUCAUUCAUAUUUCAAUUUGCGAUCUCAUUCUGUGUCCACUAUGCUCUUAACAUAUUUUUAAAUGAAACGGUUGGAGAACCUGAUAAAACUGAUUUAUUUAAUACAUACAAGCCAGCCGAGUGCAAGCAUUAUAAUUUGAUCCCAUAUUCUACUACAAACAGUACCGAUCCUGCUAUUGGUGCAUCAGAAAAGGCCUUUUCUGAAGAAGAAAUUAGGACUGUUGAAAGCGUGCAUUAA